AUGUGUGUGUAUCUGUGGCAGCUCGAGAGACCAGCGCGGCAGGUUGUUUGCGACGGAGAUACAGAGCUGCAAGCAGCGACACUUUGAGAACAGGGAAGCAGAGUCGCCGGAAGCAGCAGCAGCAGACGCGAGGUGGCCGCAGACAGCAAAAAUCACCGGCAGCACGAGCGACAGACACCGAGGCGGCCAGCGGGGAGGAGAGACGGAGGAGGUGGAUGAGGAGGAGGAGGAGGAAGUACCUGCACCCAGACUCGUUUUGCCCCGCCGCCUCCGUCACGUCUCCCUCCCUGUCGUCGCUCUCCUCACCCCUCGUACCUCUCGGACCGCUUCCUCGUUAAAAUGGCUGACCCCAACAGCGACGGUGAGGUGCCGGAGAGCGCGCGCGGUUUCGCCCGCCAGGGAGCCCUCCGCCAGAAGAACGUGCACGAGGUGAAGAACCACAAGUUCAUCGCGCGCUUCUUCAAGCAGCCGACCUUCUGCAGCCACUGCACGGACUUCAUCUGGGGCUUUGGGAAGCAGGGAUUCCAGUGCCAAGUGUGCUGUUUUGUGGUCCAUAAGCGCUGUCAUGAGUUUGUCACUUUUUCCUGUCCAGGGGCCGACAAGGGACCUGCGUCUGACGAUCCUCGCAGUAAACACAAGUUUCGGGUCCACACCUAUUCCAGCCCCACCUUCUGUGACCACUGUGGUUCCCUCCUGUAUGGGCUGAUACACCAGGGCAUGAAAUGCGACCACUGCAUGAUGAACAUCCACAAGCGAUGUGUGGCCAACGUCCCGAGCCUGUGUGGAACGGAUCACACGGAGAGGAGAGGACGCAUCCACAUCUCCGCCCACAUCACUGACGACGUUCUUGCCGUCACUAUCAAAGAGGCAAAGAACCUGGUGCCCAUGGACCCAAACGGCCUAUCAGACCCCUACGUUAAGCUCAAGCUGAUUCCCGACCCCAAGAGUGAGAGCAAGCAGAAGACGAAGACCAUGAAAUGUUGCCUAAACCCCACCUGGAAUGAAUCCUUCACUUUUAAGCUCAAAGAAAGUGACAAGGACCGGCGUCUGUCAGUGGAGGUAUGGGACUGGGAUUUGACCAGCCGGAAUGACUUUAUGGGAUCACUCUCCUUUGGCAUCUCAGAGCUACAGAAACAAGGAGUAGAUGGAUGGUUUAAACUGCUGUCCCAGGAGGAAGGAGAAUACUUCAGUGUUCCUGUCCAACCAGAUGGAGAAGAGGGGAGCGAGUCGAUACGACGGCAGAUUGAUAGGGCAAAAAUAGGUCCAGGGAAGCCGUCAGACUCGUCCUCGUCCUCGGUUUGUAAGUACGACAGCAACGGCAAUCAGGACCGUGUCAAACUCGCAGACUUCAACUUUAUCAUGGUUCUGGGCAAAGGCAGCUUUGGAAAGGUGAUGCUGGCAGAGAGGAAAGGUACGGAUGAGUUGUAUGCUGUCAAAAUCCUAAAGAAGGAUGUGGUGAUCCAAGACGAUGACGUAGAGUGCACCAUGGUGGAGAAAAGAGUUCUGGCUCUGUCUGGCAAACCUCCAUUCCUCACUCAGCUGCACUCAUGUUUCCAAACCAUGGACCGGUUGUAUUUUGUCAUGGAAUAUAUCAACGGAGGAGACCUCAUGUAUCAAAUCCAACAGGUUGGCAAGUUCAAGGAGCCUCAUGCUGUGUUCUAUGCAGCAGAAAUUGCCAUUGGCCUCUUCUUCCUUCACUCCAAGGGCAUUGUGUAUCGAGACCUGAAGCUGGACAAUGUGAUGUUGGACUCUGAAGGCCACAUAAAGAUUGCAGACUUUGGCAUGUGCAAAGAAAACAUGUUUGAUGGCAUUACAACAAAGACGUUUUGUGGGACACCAGACUACAUUGCCCCAGAGAUCAUUGCUUAUCAACCUUAUGGGAAGUCUGUGGACUGGUGGGCCUUUGGAGUACUGCUUUAUGAAAUGCUUGCCGGACAGCCUCCAUUUGAUGGUGAAGAUGAAGAUGAGUUGUUCCAGUCAAUCAUGGAGCAUCAUGUCUCUUACCCUAAAUCCAUGUCCAAAGAAGCUGUUGCUAUCUGCAAAGGGCUGAUGACCAAACACCCAGGGAAGCGUCUUGGCUGUGGCCCAGAGGGAGAAAGGGACAUCAAGGAGCACGCCUUCUUCCGCUAUAUUGACUGGGAAAAGCUGGAGAAUAAGGAGGUCCAGCCUCCUUUCAAACCAAAAGCGAAAUCUCGAAGCGAUGUUGGCAACUUUGACAAGGAGUUCACCAAGAUGGCGGUGGAGCUGACACCGACAGACAAACUCUUCAUCAUGAACCUGGAUCAGAAUGAGUUCCAAGGCUUCUCCUACACCAACCCUGAAUUUGUUAUACAAGUCUGAGGACAUCCCGGUGGUUAGAUGAGACACAGAAAAAAUAACCCAAACAGCUCAGCUGUAGUACUGUGCAAAAGUUUUAAACAAUUCCAUAUGAUUUACACUAUUUCUGCCAAAUUGCCUUGGAAUCUUUUAACCUCAGUAAAAGCUCUCCCCUCUUUCUGAAGGGCUCUGAAAGCUUUUCUUUGGACAUUAACAGCUUUUUUUGCUCCUUUUAUCGGAGCAUGACAGCAUCUUCUUGAGAAGAUUACUUCAUAAAAUAAAAUGUUGGCCAAGUUAGUCAAAUGUCUUCGAUUCACUGCAUUUUAUAUAGCAAAUACUGGUCAUUAGUAUACUGGUCAACAUCUAAUGACCAAAGGUUCAUUAGAUGUUAGAAAAAGAUUUGGGCUAUUGUUUGACAAUAGGUCAAACAAAAGCUUAAACAUAAAUGUCUCCCUGCUUUCCAUGUGGAGCUUUGGUUUAGGGGAUGCAGUUCAUCUCUUAAUUGUUGUUCAGCUUCUAAAACAGAAGAAACAAAGACAAUUUUGUAGUAGCGACAGCAGCGUGUGUCAUGAUCUAAGUCACAAAAGCCUUUCAACUGAUUUGUUCAUUCAAAUUUGCAACCCUCAUAUUUGCUAGAGUUAGCAGGAGGUUUUCUGCAAAGUUUCUUUAUGGUUGUCUGUGCUGAGAAAUGCUGUUUUUAUCUGGCAAAGCAAAUGGGUAGAAGAUCUUAUCCUCCCCAAAAUAUCAUGCUUUAAUAAAGGAAAACAUGCUGCUCGCUAGUUGUAAGCACUGACUCCUGCUGUACAUGCUGACAUGUAUGCAGCUUUUUCACUUGUUAAAAUGUAUAUUAACAACUUCAUUUGACUAAUUUGCUUAGAUUUAUAAGGUCAACCAGUUGCUUCUUGUAGCCCCACAAAAAAAUCUUUCACCAUGUUUUAGUGCAGUCACUCCUUUAGUUUCUAAGUAUUUUUAUGCAUAAAUGAUGACUAUAAUGACAAAGAAAAUUUCUGCACAAUGGAGUAAAAAUGAGGGGAAUGAGAUGCCAAAGUCCAAAGAAAACUACAACACAUCUCCAAAUAAUAAACAGAACCGUUUCUCAAGACCAUAUUACAUAUUACAUAGUUUCCUGAAAAACAAAUUAUAAAGAAAUUAUGGAUGAUUCAAGUCUUUUGCACAGUACUGCAUACUUCCCUCCUAAUCCACUAACCUCAUUUCAAGCCAGGAAGACAAAUUGACACCAUAUCAUUUUAACACUUACAUUUUUACUGGGAGUGGGUUCAUUCAUAGUGAGAAUUUUCUUCAAACAUUGUGCAACAGAAGAAUCCACCAAAUGACCUUCUACCACAGUGGUGACAUUCACAUCUCCAGGAAACAGCAGCAGUAGAUAACAUUCACAGGACUUCACCACAAACGGCUCAAGAUUUACUGCCAACAUGUACCUUUGCGCUAUGUUGAUAAUGAAGAGUGUGUUUGUUUACUUGAUUUCCUUCUCCUAUGCUGGCAAGAGUGACGUCAUAAACAUUUUAUAAUCAAUAAGUCAAACAUGGCAGCAUGUCUGAACUGACAGCAAUUCAGAGGGGUGCAAGAUUCAGAUCUAGGAUUUAUAACCUCGUGUCUAAGCUGGUCCUGUACUUAGUCUUAAGCAUGUCUUGUCUUCCAAGUUGAUGCAAAAAAAAAAAAAACUAUUAUCUUUCUCACAUAUCCUCAUGACUUUGUUUGCAUUGCAGUGGGUUGGUGCUGUGUAGGUCUUUACAGUUCUUGUGGUGGAGCUCCUCUAUGCAUGCAUGUUGGUACUGUAGUUAAAGAUUUUUACACUGAACAAAAAUAUUAACACCCCAUGUCAAAUAUAAGAGUUUUAUGAACAUUUGGGUUACGCGAUAUACAGAGAAACUCAAAAUAUAUUUUCAGUAAUUACUGAUCUUCAUAUCGGCAUCGUGGUAUGGCCACUUGUAGCGGAUUGACAGUCCUUUGAACAUGAUAGGGGUCAGGUUGAGUAAUUAAAUUUUGACCAUGUUGGCUUCCCGUAUGCGGCUACAGACAGUCUGAGGUGUCUGUUGUGCAGCCCAAUAGUUUCAUCAGCUGUGUGUGUCGCUGGUCUUAGCCGAUCCUGCAAAUGGACGAACCAGAUGUGGCGAUCUUUGCUGGAGUGGUCACACAUGGCAGACGAGGAUGAGGUCGAUUUGCAGUAGUGCCAGUCUGUUGGAAACCAACUCUAAAACAGCCUGUGGUCCAAUAAUGGACAUGGAGCCGUGCAGCUACUGCUUUGGUGAACAUCCCUGUAUCCAACAUGCCAAUGGCACGCUCCCACAUAACUUGCGACAUCUGAAGCCUUAUGACUUGUGACAAAAUUUGACAUUUUGGAGCGACCUUUUAUUGUCCAGUCCAAGGGUUGUCCAGUUGUUGCUCAUUUUGUCUGAUCACCCAGUGGACAUGCACUGAGUAAAAAACAACUCACUGACAGCAAGUUGGACUAAAGGUUAUUCACAAGUCAAAAGAAAUAUUACUUUUGUACAAUAAAAUGUCAGCAAAUGCUCAUUUACAGUUGUUAACUCCACAUGGCAACAAUAGUUGACAUGGGGCGUUUAUAUUUUUGUUCAGUGUAUUUUUGUUUUUUGACACCAUCCAGGAGAAAACCUUGUGACAUGUCCUGAAUGUAUUGAUCCAUGUCGGUUCUUGACAUUUCACAUGUGAAUUCUGCUUUCAUUCUCUCCCUGAAAUGCUGAAAAGUCUGCUGCUUCAAAAACUCUUAGGAGAUUAUGGAAUUUUAGGACAAAAACUUAAAAACUUGAUGUAUACUUCUGUGAGAUUUGUGUUUCAGUGUAUGUGUAAAUAUGAGCGAGGAAUUAGAGGUAGGUGUGUUUUUCUUGUACUAAUACACUUCUCUACUAUUCCUCACAGUCCAGCCCCUUUUCAUUUUUUUCCCACAAUUUCAGAGUUAUUCAUAUAUGUCUUCCACUUUUUAUCUUUUCCACUUUCUGGCUUUAAAAUAGCACUUUAUUGUUAUCAAUUAUUUUGUCCUACUUCUGUAGCAGAAACACAUCUUCAUUUUAAGGUGAUGAAAUGAUCAAGUCAAUAUUUGGAAAUACGGAAAAAAGGAGAGACUUACUAUGCAAAAGGAAGAAGGUCAAAAGGAAAAGAAGAAACCCUGAGAGAAUAAAAGGACAUGAUAGAUAUGAUGCAUGCAUCAUCUUUAGCUGAAGAGAUGGAUACAAAAAACAUUAAAAUAUUAUCAUACAAUCAA